AUGUCCACCCAGCCGAGCGCUUCUGAGGCCGUCUCCGUCCGGAAACAAACUUUCCCCUGCAGGAUGGCACGACCCUCUGCGUCCCCGGAGCCGGUCAGAAACAGUUUGAUAGAUGAUGCUAAGGCCCGCUUAAAAAAGCAUGAUGUUGGGACCAAAUAUUCUCACUUGUCCUCUAACAAAUAUUCUGUCCUUUUACCAUUGUUGGCAAAAGAAGGAAAACUCCACCUGUUGUUCACCCUCCGGUCAGAGAAGCUAAGAAGGUCACCUGGAGAAGUCUGCUUCCCUGGAGGCAAGUCUGAACCAGCAGAUGUGGAUGAUGUGGAUACAGCUCUCCGGGAAGCCCAGGAGGAAGUAGGGCUGCAUCCUCACCAAGUGGAGGUUGUCUGCUGCCUGGUGCCAUAUCUGCUUGACAGUGAUACAUUGAUAACCCCAGUUGUAGGAUUUAUAGACCACAACUUCCAGGCCCAGCCUAAUCCCGAUGAAGUUAAAAGUGUGUUCCUGGUGCCUCUGGAAUAUUUCCUGCAUCCACAUGUCUACCACCAGCGUUACCUGACAUAUGGUCAUCAUGUUAUUAUUCAUUGCUUUGAGUACACAGACCCUAGAGAUGGUGUCACUUACCAGAUCAAGGGAAUAACUGCAAAACUUGCCCUGUUCCUUGCCUUAAUUAUUUUGGGGGAAAAUCCCAUCUUUGAAAUGGAGUUUAAUCUCAAUGAUCUGAUUUCAUCCUCUGAAGAGAUCUUCCUGAAACUAAAUAAGCAUGCUACAAGCAAGUUAUGAUUUAUGAGACCACCAUCCAAAUAGCUAAGAGGAUUUCGUGUGUGCUUCUCCAUAAGAACAACAGUAACACAAGCUGUCGGCAAUUGACAGGUGCGACUAUUUUUCCUGCAAUAUGAAGGUAAAAAACCUUGCCUUUUUCCCACUUGCCCUGUAUUACCUGAGAGAGCAAAAGUCUUUCAGAAGUGGAAAAAUGUGUUCAUAGUGUUGCAUAAUUUCACCCACAGCAUGUUAUUUUUUUGUACACACGUAUCCAGCACAUAG